AACAUACAAAUUAUGAAAUUGAAGGACGCCAAAUAUGUCUGUUGUUGUCAGUUAUGCAAGGAUUACAAACACUUAUUCAAACGUACAUACAUUUGUAUACGUAUUGUUGAUUUACAAAUACUUUCCUACACACAAAAAUGUAUAUGCUCAUAUGUAUAUGAGUUUUUAAAAUUUUUUCUUGUGUAUGUAAGGACUUUAGAAGCGAAAUGACUGGCUGACUGACUGAUGAUGGCAAGUUUUUAUAAGAAGGAUGUACUACUCAGUGACAAGAAAAAUUGCAAAAAAUUUUCUACCUUAAAAAUAAGCUGUUCAGGAAUUUAAAAAAUAUUAUGUUUUUAAACAAUAAACUAUAUAUUCAAGAUGUUGAGUUAAAUCUGUAGUGAGAUUUAUUAGGAUAACUUCUCCUCGUUAAAAAAAAAAAAAAACAUAUUAAAGCUUUUUUCUAAUUCUGCCAACGUUAAAUUCAACAUCUCAGUAACUGCUAGUAGGAGUAUUAAGAAUCUCUUGCGAGGUUUGUCAGACAAUCACUUUUACAGUAUCAUCAGUUGAAUCUCGGCCGUUAACUUAAACUGAGGUGUGCGUAAGAGUAAGGCAAAAAAAAAAAUAAUAAAAAAUAAAAAUAUUGCAAAUCUAAUGAUAAAAAUUUCCUCAAACAUCUAAAAGUGAAAUUUUUUAUUAUAUUUCGGAAAAUAAAGUUUUUGUUCGUUUAAAACUGGAGAAUCCCUAAAAUACAUCAUAUAAAUUAACUGAUUUAAUACUACAAAUAUUUGUUAUUUUAUUAAAAAACAAGGGGAUCUAAGAAAGGCAGUUAUUAUGUUCUCCAUGUGUUCCAAAGUUAAACCCCAAAAUUCUAUGAAUUUACAGCAACAUCAGCAAACUACGGGUAAUGUUGGUAAACAAAUCAAAGGAGGAUACUUAUUGCGCUAUAAAAAACAACUCCUUUGGAAUAGAUGGGCUGAAGAAUGGGUCGUCCUGUAUGAUGAUUCAACCAUGGCUUGGUUUACCGAACCCGGGCGUUCAUCACCAGCAGGAAAAAUCCUUGUAAAAGAAGCACCUGAAAUGUUAGCCAUAGCACAUUGGACGGGACAAAUUCCGAGACGUCCGCCACUACCAGAGGGGUGUGGUGUCUCACAACUCAUUGCCUUGGGAUCACGAAGAAAACGUUCAAAGGUCUAUUGGAUGUUGGCCAAAUCGGAAGAAGAAGUUAGUGAGUGGAUCGAUGCCAUUACAAAAACAUUACCGCCACCCCCACAAAUUGAACUAGUUGUAGACAAACCUCAUUUAAUGAAUGUUUUACGGAGACCUUUGGUGCGCAUAAGACCUGCAACUACUUCGGAGGUUAAACAAAGAAAGUCAUUAGUAAAGUCUAGUAGCAAAUCGCAUUCAACUUUAGCAACUCAAAGAGCUUUUUACAAUCAAAAUCCUCUGGUAAAAAGUGAUGCUGCUGUUGCAAUUUUGAGUAAAAAUCCUGAUUCUAAGGCAUCGCUGGCGUGUGCGUUACCCUGGGGUCAUGGCUGGGGCUGGGCAACACUUCCCAACGGAGUAUGGAGUGGAGGACUGACAUGGUCUCAAUGUGAGGACACUUUCACUCUGCACGCACUGCCAACCACGCACUGCACAAAUUUAAUUGAUACCUCUUGUAGCGGAGCCGUCUAUCACACCGACAUAGGAGGUUUCGAUUUUCAUUCAUCUACUGUUGAAGACCUAGGAGGUGAAGAUUUCGAUUACGCUAUGGAUUGUGGAGACUUUAUAUUUUAAGUCUGGUUAUUAAUAAAACUUCAAAUGCCAAAACCAACCCCACCCUAAAUAGAGAAGCGUUAUUAAAACGUGUUAUGCCAGCCUUUUGAGCCAACUCUAUUUCGAAAUAAAAUAGAUUAAUACAAGAAAUUUAGAUUUGAGUCAUAAACGUAUAAAAAUUAUAAAGAACUGCAGACAAUAGUUGUAGUAGUUGUUCGUUCGUUUGUUCGAAAUAUUUGAAUUGCAUUGAAUGGCAAAAGUUCAAAUCGUUAAUGCUCAUUAAUUUUUUAUUUAUGUGAAAACCUCAAGAAUAUAAAACACUAAUGAUAAUUAUAUACGGGUAUAUUUGAUUUAAAAGAAUUUAUUUUAUCAAAAAUCAGUAAAAAUAUUUUACAACUCCCAUCAACUAAAUACAACAACAAUAAACAAUAAAAAUAAAUUCUCUUUAAAAUCGAAAAAAGAAAAACUCAAUUAAAAUGAGUGAAAAUAAAAAAAGUACACACAUACUCACAACAAUAUUCAAAUUUACACACCAACCUCUUAAACCAAAAAUUAAAUGGAAAACAAAACAAAACAACAACAACAACAACAAUAAAUGAAAUAAUAUUAAUAAUUUUAUAGCAACUUAUUAACAAAAAAAAAAACAAGAAAUCCCUUUUAGACAAGAAAUCUAUGUUUUUAGAAGAAAAAAAAAUAUACACAUUCAUACAAAUUUAAUACCGAAACAAAAAAUGUCGUUAUUUUUUGAAAAUUUGUUGUAGAAGAACAUUAGAAUAAAAUAAAAAAAAACAAUAAUUAAAAUUAAAAAAUACGCGUAUUAAAUUUAAAAAACACUUAUAAUUGUACGAAUAAAUCCUUAACAUAAACAACAAAUUGUUUGCAUGUGUGUGCGUAUGUGUAAUUGUAUGAUUGUGAAUGUGUUUUGUAGAAGUACAGCAACAACAAUGUUAUAAUGCAUUAAUUAAUGAGGGUGGUCUAUAUUUAACUGAUGAAAAAAAUACACUUUAUAAGUAAGCAAUUAACUCUGCAGGCAGAAUAAACUUGCAAUAAAAAUGCAACUCCAAGCCAGUAUAUACAUAUGAACAAUUUUAUUAUUAAAAAUAAAAAAGUUUCACCACUAUUUAGAAUUUUAUUCUACUGCCAAAAAAAACAAUUAUAAUUGAAUCCUACAUGUGGUGAUUUAAAUUGCAUUGUAAACAAGUGUUUAUGUUUCAUAUUAAGGUUUUUUGUGCAAGACCGAUUCACCCUAAUAAAAAUAAUUUUGCAUUUUAUACGAGGUAGUAAAAGCAAAAAUAAUAUUAAAAAAAUAUAUAUAAAUAUUUCAUGUAGAAACAAAAAUGUACUUAGAACAAAACAAAUAAUUUAGAAUAAUAAUAAUUACAAUAAAAACCUAAAUAAAGUAAACAUGGAUACCCAGCUUUGCUUUCCGUCGUUUAAACUAUAUUUUUAUUAUUAAUUCAAAUUUGGGAAUAUUUAUGAACUAAUUAAGAAUGACUUCAAUUUCGUUAUAAUUUAAUUCAUUGAAGUAAACAAAUGCGCAUUGAGUUAUUACCAAUAACUUAAAUAGCAUAUGUAUUUGGAAUAAUUGAAAACAUUAAAUAUGUUACUAUAUUUUCAUUCUUCCUUUGACACAAAAAGGAUUACACUAUGAUUCAACAAUUCCCAAAAAUUAACAGGUUUCAAUAAAAGAAAAACAUUUGUUUUAUAGAUAAAUAAGCCAAUGACAGAAGGUAAAUUUUCACUAUCUAUUAUUACAGAACUAACUAUUAGGAGUGGAGUAAUGAGCCAAACGAAAAUAAUAUUUAUGUUAGAAUGAAGAAACGAAAGUAAUUAUUAAUGUUAAUUUACACACCAAACAAAUUUACAUAUAUGUACAUAUGUAUGUAUAUGUAUGAAGAAGUACAUAAAUAUUUCAUACAUGUAUACAUUUCCAAGUAUAAAUUCACUACGAAUGUACAUGUAUAUUUAUGUAUGUAUGUAUGUAUGUAUGUAUGUAUGUAUGUAUGUAUGUAUGUAUGUAUGUAUGUAUGUAUGUAUGUAUGUUUAUUGAUGAUAUUCAGCUUAAAUUUAUAUUAUAGAAAAUGAAUGAAAUAUUUAAUUUUAAUAUAUUGAUUUAAUUGUAAAAACAAAACAAAUUAGAAAGAAUGCAUUGUAUAUAAAACAUUUUCUGUAGACUAAAAAAGACUUAAGCAAUUGUCGUCAGGACGUUAAAUAAAUUAAAAAAAAUAUAUAUUUAAAAAAAAAACAAAUAUAGAUGAAAUAAAAAUAAAUGUCUGUUAAUAGAGCAUUAAAUGUUGGCUUUAUCGAAAACAAAACAAAAAAUAAAUAAGUGGUAUUAUUAAAAUGUAGAAUGAAAUCGAAAUAAAAUAAUAUUAAUUGAAUAUGUAUGAUUGUGAAAUGAAAUAAAUGUAGAUA